GCCUGGAAGGACCCGGGCUGUAGCGGCGGCCGCAGCCGCGGGCCCGGCUUGGCCCGGGUGAGCGCUACGGGCGGACGCGGUUUCGUGAGGGGCUCCUCGGGCAGGUCCGGCGCGUCGUGCAGCGCGGGUUGUGGCGUUGAUGUGCGCUUUCUCCUCCGCAUCAGGAAAUGGCAGCGCUAGGCAGAUCCUGCCAGGGUAUCCCGGCGGGCCCGGCCGUGGAGCUCCCCACAGCGCCGGCCGCUGCCCCGGACCGCCACGGCCCGCAGCCCUUAGCCGGCGGUCACGGCCGUCUGCAGCCACCCGGGAUGGUCAUGACAGGGAUCGGAAACGACGGCGUCGGUGGAUCCUCCGGCCUCUGUCUGCAGAGUAGCUUCGACCUGGCCUCCCUGGCCGCGCUCGGCAGCCACCACGAGGGGCUGACGGUGGCCCCGGUGAGCUCCUUCACCAGGAGCCGCAGCCAUGUCUCUGUGCGAUGUGGAAAGAAGCAUAAGCUAGAAGAAGAGGCAGAAGGCUGUCCUGUGCGGAAGAAGAGACUGACAGGAGCCAAAAAUUGCCCUUUGAAUCCCAACACUGAAGAAUGGAUUCUCUGUGCAGGUCAGCAGGCAGCUGGGGAGGUAGCAAGUCAGUAUGGUGGCAGCGGUCCUGAAACUGCCAUGUUAGAAAUUCCCUGUGAAGAAAUGGAUCAGACAAUGGGGGAACAGCAAUGCGAGGUUGCUCGCAGGAAACUUCAGGAAAUUGAGGACAGGAGCCGUCCGUCUAUGGAGCUGGUGCUUUGGAAACCUCUUCCUGAAUUUAUGACAGAUAAACUGAAGUCUGUUUCUGUUAAGAACUUCAAGCAGCAGAGUACAGAAGUGUGUCAGGCUAAGCAGCCAACACCAAGAGCUCCUUUUGACCCACAGACUGAAACGUUCCCUGCAUCACAACAGACUGCCAUGUCUCCAGAUCCAUAUGCUAGUUUGGGAAUAUCUGGGUGUGCAGAAGAAGAAAUGGAGUUGUAGAUGCCAGAUUUUAGACUGGAAGUGGUGAGCUUCUGAUGCUUAUUGUUGGUGUUUUUUGAUUUUUUUUUUUCUGGUUUGAUGUGUGAACCUGAAGUUACAUUAUUUGUUUUUUGUUUUCUUACUAACAAUCAUAAGCACACCACAAUCAUAGGGUGGCCAGGAAACACCCUAAGAUUUCUGUGUUCCUGUCUGUUAAAUAUUCUUACUUUUACUCAAAAGGUAAUUCAAAGGCCUUUGGAACAGGGAAGUAGCUUUCCAUCUUGCUUAAUGGUGAAAUAUCCUCUUAAUUGCCCUUGGUAAAGUAUAAAAUACAAAUACUGAAUGUAAUUGUGGCUUAAGCCACACCUUUCUCUUACUGAGCCAUUGAAACUAGUGCACAUACUAUGCUUGGCCAUUUGCUUUAAUUUGAAUUACAAAAUGUAAAGGAAGAAAUACCUUCAAAUCUGGUCACAGAUAGAAAAGCAACCCCUCUGGUAAUUCAGCUUUUCACACCAUCUUACCUGUUUGGACUUGAUGUAAACUCAGAUGUAGACAUUGUAAAAUCCAUGGGGUGGUAGGGAAGGAAUAUUACAGCUGAGCUUAAGUCUUUUGCUUUUUAAAAAGUAAAGCCAGUAUUUAUAACUUGCAGGAUACCUACUAACUUCAUCUUUGUUCAUUGGCUUCUAAAUUUUAUCUGUGGGUUUUUGAUGUUCCCCUCCUCAAACAAUGCAAAGUUUGGAGAAAAGUGGUUCUCACCAAAGAGAUUCACAGUUUACAUUGUGCUGGGAUUCUUUGUAUGCAUGGAGUUGGAAAGUCAGUUGAAGAUAGUAUAACUUCUGAUUAAAUGAAUGGCAUCCAUUAAUUUGGAUAAAUAUGAUAAGUAAAUCAGAUAACAGGGAGCUGCUGUCAAGUGCUGGACUAUUGUCUGUAUCCAAGUCCCAGCCUUUGGUGGUGAGGUAAAGGAGAUGGCUGUCUUUUUCCUGAGAGAAUCUAGACAAAAUUUAAGCCACAGUAUGUGCCAAUAAUAUAGCAUCACAUUGUUUAUACAGAUGCAUGCCAAAAGAAUUUUCUACCCUGUACAGGGUGCCAAGGAAAGGAAUCCACAAUGAGAUAUUGUUUGUACCUUUUCUCAAUGCACAGCAGUUCCUUAUGCUUAAGGUUCUCUAACUUGUUUAAGGGUUUUAUCUUUUAUUUAUAAGUCCUUCAGCUUUCUCAGAGAUAACUGAAUUGAGGCUUUUCUUAGGAAAUCCCUUUCCCAGUAACAGAUUCUGUUCAGUCCUACGUCCCAAUCUGGUUUUGACAUCUUGCUAACGUAAAGGAGCAAGUACAACAGCUGCUCAUGUAAGAAAAUCUACUCUUCUCUGCACAGCUAAGAGAGAAUCCUUCUUAUAAUACUCUUUAUUGUUGAAUAACCCAUAGCUGAAAGUUAAAAAUCGAGCUUCUCUUUCUGCAGUCAUCCUUUAUUUCCUUUUGGUUGUUCAAGAUACCUGUUUGUUAAACCCUGUUUAUCUUGCUGCUUUUGUUGAAGGUUUUCUGAAAUUUUCUGUCUCUUGAUAAAACAUUUCAGAGCUUCACUAAGACCACUCCAGCAUUUGAUUAGGUAUUACUCUGGAAGCCAGUAUACACGUGUGCCAUUCUAGAAGGUUUAAGUUGAAGAACAUGUGCAGCCUAUCUUGCUAUAAUGCCUAAUUUCAUUUCAGGGUCUGCUAUGAAUCUCUUGCAUGAACUGUGUAAAAUUCCUUACGUAUUAUUAAGCUGCUGAACGUGUUUGAAACCUACAGCCUUUGAUGUGCUCCAGUGCUUGAGUAGAACAUAAAGCAGUGUAGUUUGGAGAAGGCUGUAGUCACUGCAGGUAGAACAUGUUGUGCCUCCAAGUAAGUAACUGGGUGCUGGAUUGUAGUGAAAGUUCGAAGUUGGAAGUAUUUUAGGGGAAAGCUCUGAAUCCUAAAUAAGCUGAAAAGAAAGGAUGAAAAUUUCAAAAAUGUGAUGAAACCAUCUCAGCAACACUAAAGUUGCAACAGAUGUAAAAAACCUGUAGGAGGCCUAAAUAUAUCAAAUGAUGGAAGUUGUUUUCCUCUUAAAAACACCAAAUUGCAUAUCAGAUUUGCAGAAUAAGAAGCUGCUGUAGAUGGCUUUUAAGCAUACUUUUUUCUCUGCUAGGUUUGUACCAAAGGUUGACUUUCAGAGGUGUCUUUCUUCUUAAUUCAAUGCCAGUAGGGCAUCACUGACCUGUUACCUGACAUUUAAAACAAUAUAGUGGUGCACUGUUGACAGAGACUAUGAAAUGGAGAAAAAGUUGUCUAAGGAUUUUGCUUUGAUAGAAAACAUUUACUUUCAUUUUUUCACAAUGCAUUUCUGCCCUUAUGACAGGAGACAGUGGGUUUGAGUUGCUAAAAUUGAUAGAAGAGUGGGAACCAAGUGACAGGAGCACUGAGCUACAGCAAUCACUUGGGGAGGGUGAUUGGAUGAGAUCAAGCUGUGGGCAUUUCCAGACUUCUGUAUUUGUGAGUUUCCUUUGUUGUCUUCAUUAAAAGACUUUUAUUAAUGCUGUUCACAGACGGGAUGGCAGAUGCAAUGCAGUAUUAGGAGAAACCUUAUUUUGAAAUAUGGAAGAUCCAAUUCUGGUCUGUCUUCUCUUGGGACCAAAUCACCCUUUGUAUGUCAGUUUUCAAUAAAUUUUCUAAAAUAUUUUUUA